AUGGAUUUUGGCGGACCUGAUGGACAGUUACUACGGUCAUUAGUUAGCGUUGGCAUAUUCGUGGGAGGCUUUCCGUCAAUGUUUCUAGGGAUCUCAUUUGUGUACAGUGAUAGAAGUGAGCGCUUCUAUGGUCGCAGAAGCUUCAGGAAUGGGCUCGGUGAUAUGGCCUCCACGCCAGCCAUUUGCCAGUGCUUCCCAAUCGAUGGUCCAGGUGGGGAAGCCAUGACUGAAAUAAUCACUUCUUGGUCCAAAGAAAUGGAUACAGUCCAAGAAAUUACGAUCAUCACAAACUUGGGAAGAAGGAAACAAUUCCGACUCUAUGGUAAAGAUUCUAGAGGAGUAGACCAGGAGACAGUUCGAGUCCGACAAGCCAAGCGCGGAAUGCAGUUUACCUCGUUCUAUGCCAAAAUCCAGUCUCCUCUCGGGCAUUUCAGAGACUUAUCCGCCCAUUCUCAGACUAUAAACGAGAACUCUCAAGUCGACGUUGUUUUCGAACCACCGAAAACUGAGCAUCGCAUUCCCAUCGACCUAAAUGUCCUAAGUUCAGCCCAGGAUAUAAUCCGCGUUUCGGUUAACGAUGGAACGCAUGCCGCCCUUCAGGAUCAUAUCUCAGGUCUCUGGCUCGAUUACUACGAUUCAACCAGACCUGUUAUCGUGGGACAGUGGAUAAAGGAACUCGAUACCUUGGAUAUAUCGCCAGAAGAUAGAGUAACGGAGCUGGUAACGUGGCACGAUUACACAAACCGAGAUACGCGGGUGAAAUAUGGAUCCAUCAAAAAGUUCAAGUUAAGCACCAGCCGCGGAAUUGUCAAAGAGUUCCUUGACCCUGAUAUUUUCGGGAAAAUACGACUGGAAUAUCGAGAAAAUCCAUACGAAAAAUUAGGCGGGAUCCUCUGGGGCUAUAAUCACGAGUGGGAUCAUGUGCGGGUCUUCUAUACGAUGAAGAGAAAUAAGCUUAGGGUGCCUUUGCUCGCGGACUCUGCUAGUGUUCAAUAUUCGUGGACCGUCCCGCAAAGAGUGUUUAUGACGGAAACUCACGAUGGCGGCCGGCCAAACCCAGCUAUAGCUAUCGAAGUUAUAUUUAAGCAAAUGACUAACGAGGUGGCUGGCAUUACUUUGACGUAUGAAGACGGGUCACAUCAAACCCUGGGUGUCCCGGGAAGAGGGGGCAAGCGAGUGAUGCUUUCUUCGAGCGAAAAAUUGGUUCAGAUGGAGGUAGGGGGCACACGAAACAAUAGUAUUAUAUUCAUAAAAGUUAUUCUAGCCACCUACUUGAAUAACUUGGCUCAAAAUUUAAAACAAACCCAUCAGUUUCUAACGGAUUCCGGCCGAACCAUGAAUUUUUCGAGGACGAGCCUAGAAGUUAUCAAUAAGCGUAUCUACAGACGAACCGUAUAUACUCUUGAUAAAUCCCGCUCUGUUCAAUCCAACGCGCACGGUACAACUUCUCGCCCAAUUCCUAGAGAUGCAGGAACGUUCAUCGGAUUCUGAGCGCUGCCAAGGAAGCUCGGGGCACUCCGACAUGCUCGAUUUGGUCCAAUUUUUGAGGCAGAAGGUAAUAGCAAAGAUUCAACGAUGUAGGUAGUAGGAAAAGUUCGGGAAAGGUUCGUAGCGGCGAAUAGCUGGGUGUGUGCUUCGCGCGUGUUAGAAAGUUUAUGUUACCUUUCCGCGAACGUUUUCGUUGCGAAUAUGAACAUCGUAGAGAUAGCAACGAAGCACCGCGCGGAAAGCUCGUAAACAACCACUACACAAGCAUAUGUAUACGAUGCAGGCAGUAGCCCCAUCUACACCUCUUCCACAGCAACAGACCAAGAAUCGAAACACCCUAUGAACGAGCUUCCUUCAUAGACUCGGCUUUCUAUAAUAAUAAAAAGCAAGGACCUUUGAGGAAAUACGACGGGUCAUGCCUAAUGGGUCGCGAUGGUAUGUUCAAGCGAGGUCGGGAGCCAACCUUUGAGGUCUUAGUAUUGUCUCAUAGAGGAUUCCCGACCUAAGAAGCACCUAGAUAUUCCGCCUAU